UCCUCUAUAGGAGGCGCUGAAGUAAAACAAACAUCUGUUUACCCCCCCAUCACCAAAGAAGCAGCAGUUGUUUACGUCAUUUCCGUUUAAAAGCUUGAAUGGCGCAGAGGGAAUAACAGCAGAAAUUCAGAAUGUCUAAAAGGAAAGUGACGUUUGAGGACGGUGAUGGAGAGUUUAGUUUGGAGGACGAAAUACCCAAGAAGAAGAUGUAUGAUGAGGUGAGUGGUCCAGGCUCCAGGUUUAAGGAGAAACACUCACUGGACAGCGAUGAGGAAGACGAGGGAGAGGAUGAAGACAAGAGCAGCAAAUACAACAUCCUGGACACUGAUGACAUCGAAGGUCAGGAAAUGGCGACGAUCGACUGUGAUGAAGGAGUUCCCAUCACUCCCUUCAAUCUGCACGAGGAGAUGCAGGAGGGACACUUCGACUCGGAGGGGAACUACUUCAUCAAGAAGGAGAAGGACAUCAGAGACAACUGGCUGGACAACAUCGACUGGGUGAAAAUCAAAGAGCAGCCGGCGAAGAAGAAAAAGAAGGGCCUGUCGGCGAAGCGGCGGCGCCGGGCCGGAGACGAGGACGAGGCCGAGGAGGAGAGGCAGCGCGAGGAGAAGCGAGGCGACAACGAGGACGACGACGAGGAGGAAGAGGAGGGGGAGAAGGAACCUCAGGUGGAUCCGUUGGCCGGGUUGAAUCCCCGUCAGCUCACCGAGGCCCUGGUGAACCUGCUCCAGCCCGGGGAGACCGUCUCGGCCGGCCUGCGCAGACUGGGGGGGCUCGGCGGGCGGAAGAAGAAAGGACGAUCGAGAGACGAGGCGGGGGAGAAGAAGAAGGACGAGACGCCCGACAGAGACCCGGAGAAGCUGGAAAGACUGACGGCGCUGGCGGACAGGCUGGUGGCGAUGGGCGAGUACGAGAUCUACCAGCAGACGUACGAGAAACUGAACUACAGGCUGAAGAGCGCGGGGCGCAGAGCGGCGGCGCGGCAGAAGCGGGGCGCGGAGGGGGAGGAGGACGAGCUCGACAUGUUCGCCGAUCGAUUCGACGAGCAGCACGGCCAAGAGAAAGAGAAGAGCGGGGAGGAGGAGGAUGAGAACAGUGCAGCAGUGAGCGAUGAGGUGAUGUGGGAGUACAAGUGGGAGAACAAGGAGAACUCGGAGCUCUACGGACCGUUCAGCAGCCAGCAGAUGCAGGACUGGGUGGAUCAGGGCUACUUUAAAGACGCCGUUUACUGCAGACGGGUGGAUCAGGAUGGUGCACAGUUCUACAACUCCAAAAGACUGGACUUUGAUCUUUAUAUUUGAUUGGAGGAUGUUUUUAUGUUUCAGUUUUUUUUUUUUCAGUUUUUUGUGGCUCUGAGCUUUUCUCAGUCGCUGUGUGUUUUAUGUGUGUGUCUGAAAUCCGUAAGUAUGUGGACAGUAGAAGAUUAAAGCGCUUUUCAACCUCAUAUUCAUCUUGUCUGAUGCAUUUUACGAGCGGCUUAAAAUAGGUGAACCAUCGGACAUUCUGGGUUAAUGCACUGGUGUUGCUGGGUCAUUACUGGUUGUUUUUAUGACAGUGAUCAUCUUCCCAACCAAGUGGAAAUGACAUAACUGGAAAUUUGUUCUGAUGGUCGAAUGUAAUCAAGGAAUCACCAUGAAACAAGUUUGAGGAUCAGAUGUCCGCAGUCGAGUGAGCUUCACAUGCCCAGAUCAUCAAUCAGGACACACUUCCUGUCAGCACUUUUGUUCUUAUUUUGCUUGUUUUGUUUGAUUUUCUUGCUGAAAUGGUUCUUGGUGGUUCUUGUACACACACAACAGGAACAGCAGACCGAGAUGAGUUCGAACUGCUGGAGGUUGGGAUGUUUUCUUCAUGUGUGAGCCUUCUAACUGUUUUUGUUUUAAAAUAAAGAUGUUAGUGGAUGGCCAGAUCA